AUGCAGGCGGAAUACUACCCAAAGCAAAACGUAGUGUCCCUGAGCUUCGAACUGAGCUGCUGGGCCAAAGCGUUCCUUACCGACUUACGAACAACAAAGAAUCUCCUGAGUUGCACCAAGGCGUCUAUCAUAAUAAAAAAAAAAAAAGAAAUUCGAAAUUUCUAUUUGUAUAAAAUUAAAGUGAAAUUACUAUAUGACAGUUCUUCCAAUCGUCCUGACGUUUCAGUUGAGGGAGACACGUGUAGGCAAACAAGUUCACCACUGGGUGAUCCCUCAGGAGGAAUUGAGACCCCAUGUGACUCACCCCUCCCACAUGAAAAGGGCAACUCCUGCAAUACAUUCAGUGAUGCAAAGGGAGGAAGUAAAAACAGUGUGAUUUGCAGUGAGGAAAACGAAGUCAGGACGAGUAGUAGAAAGGCAGCAAAUUUUGAGAGAAAUGAUGGGACGGGUGGGGUGAACGGUAGUAGACCCUCUCCACUGUAUACUGGAGAGGAGGAUGAAGCUGUAAGGGGCAAGAAGUGCACACCGGUCAGCGUAGGACACCGAAGGGGGCACCAGUUCAAUGAGACAAAUAAUAAUACAAAAGAAAACAUACAACGAAGGAGGGGAAAAAACUUUACAGGGAACCAUUUCGAUACAGGUCACUUGUUGAGGGAAAAAAAUAUUUUUUCGAAAAAUUUUCCCACGUUUGAACAGGCCCAUUUGGCCAAGUACCUAUUUUUGCCCUCCUCCUUGUCAGUACAAAGUGCCAAAAUAAAAUCCAUGCACUUUAUGCUAAAUGAAAGACUCACCAUAUGCGUCCUGCUAGACCUAAUCGUAGUUCGAAAAAAAAGCAACAUUGUCCAGUCAAGCAUAAAUAAAGAAUUACACAAUAUGUUAAAGAUGCAAAGAAGUAUCCUUCAGUGCAGAUCAUGUAGUAAAGACGUUAUCAUAUGUGGAGAUGUUAAUUUUAUUUUGCCCAAUCUGUACUUAAACACUACUGAUUUUGUAGAGCAUGCGUUUUGUGAAGAAUGCACUACCUUCUCGUUUGAUGCGCUGAACCAUGUUAACCGCAAUAUAUUCCUCUUCCCCAAUUGUUUGUUUUUUCAUUUUAGCUUAGUAAAAGAGAGUCAGCUAGCUGUUAAGACAGAUUCCUUGCACAACUUUCGCUUUUUACUUUUUUGUAAUUCUUGCUACAACUCUCUUGGCUAUUUAGAAAAUCAAAGGAACCACACGUAUUCCCAUCACAAGAAUAAAAACAUGAGUGAUAAGCUUAAAGAUGUUUUUCUAAGUUCACUUCACGAGGGGGACCAAGGCAAAUACACACCACUGGACAGGGCCACUAUGUUGCUGCGCGGUGGCGAUGCUCCACCUAUACACGUUAAUGAAGAGACAGCCAAUUUUGUCCAUCAUGUAGACGUGGCCCCAGAGGAGAAGCAGCAUCGAGGGAGGGAAGCGAACAGUACAUUCCUUUCCGAGGGAAAUUUACAUGAGCGGAGAGAAGACAACGAAAAAGAGAGCAACGUUCAUCUCACAGAAGGUGACAGUAGAGGACAUCUCAACCCUUGCGGGGAGAUCAGCCCCAAGGUGUACCUCCUUAAGCACAAAAUAAAAAUGACCUUAAAUGGGGAAAAUAUCUUCAAAAAUUACAACCACGUACUUUUCCUAAAUGAGUAUAUGCACAAUAAAUGUGAAAAAAAAAACACAACACUUUUUUAUUUAAGGAGUAAGGGAAAAAAAAAAAUAAUCGAAGUCAGGAUAUUCAUAAGGACGCUUUAUAUUUGUAAAAUUUGGGACAAGGCAAAAAAUCUUUCCAUUGUUUUAGGUCUCCAAAAAGUGAUGAAAAUAUUUUUUUGCACAAAAGAAGAAUCCGAAUUGAAGUUCGCUAAUUCAGAAACUAUUGACCUUUCAAGGGAGCUCUACGAGGAUGUAUUAAAAAUGUUGAUCGCGUAUUCCUUUCGAGGGUGCGCCCCCGGAGCGAAGCUGUGCUCAUAUCUCCACCUGGUCCAUUAG